AGACACCACCGAUAGUGCGACCACUGCCAGUGACAGGGCCCAGACGAGCACCACAAGCCACGGCACUACGGAUAGCACGCCCUCGUCUGUGAGCGCAACCACAGAGACGCCAUCCAGCAGUGCCACGGGCAAACGGAAGCGACGGGACAGUGUCCUAAGUGUGUGGACUGUUGAUGCGCCCCACAGUGACGAACCACCCGCCAAGAAGCCCAGAAUCAGAUUCGGCCAGGUGGAAGUGCGAUUGUAUCCGCGUACCCUUGGCGGCUCAUGUAGUGUACCAGACGAGGGCGGGUGCCCCAUUGGACUGGACUGGCAUUACACAUGGAACGAAGUGAACAACAAGCACUACGACAACUUAGCCAAGUACGAGACCUACUGCAAACGGUCGAAGCGCGGCAAGAGCGUCAAGGGCGUUGUCUCCGAGAAAGAAAGACAGGCCAUGCUGUACGGCCGGGCAAAGAACAAGCAGUUCACUGAUCCCAAGGAUGUGGAAGAAUAUAACAAUGAAUUAGAUGUAAUAGAAGCCCUGCGUGAAUCCCGCAAUGAGGUGGGCUGUGCCUGCGCAGCCAAUGGCAAAUGUAGCGGCCCCAAAUGUCUGUGCCGCGCCAACGGAAUCGGGUGUCAUGAAGGCGCGUGUGGUUGUACCCACGAUCUGUGUCAAAACCCGGUCUACCGAUACGUAUACGAACAAGAACUGAUCGACUCAGAGAGAAAGCCUCACUAUACCACGAGGACGAGGAUAAAGAAGCAGCCGUACGCGUAGACCUAACGUUUAACGUGUUUGGACCAAUGCGAGUAGCUUUUAAUCAUAUAAAAUAAUAUAGAAACCGGCGAGCAAACGGACGCUUGGACCCCCCCCCCCCUAUUAAAACAAG